AUGGCUCGUGGAAAGAUUCAGUUGAAGAGGAUCGAGAACCCGGUUCACAGACAAGUGACGUUUUGCAAGAGGAGAACCGGUCUUCUCAAGAAGGCUAAGGAACUCUCUGUGCUCUGCGACGCUGAGAUCGGUGUUGUGAUUUUCUCUCCUCAGGGCAAGCUCUUUGAGCUCGCUACUAAAGGAACAAUGGAGGGAAUGAUUGAUAAGUACAAGAAGUGUACUGGUGGUGGUCGUGGUUCUUCUUCUGCUACUUUUACUGCUCAAGAACAACUUCAACCCCCUAAUCUUGAUCCGAAAGAUGAGAUCAACGUGCUUAAGCAAGAGAUUGAGAUGCUUCAGAAAGGGAUAAGGUAUAUGUUUGGAGGAGGAGAUGGGGCGAUGAAUCUUGAAGAACUUCUCUUGCUUGAGAAACAUCUUGAGUAUUGGAUUUCUCAGAUUCGCUCUGCUAAGAUGGAGAUUAUGCUUCAAGAAAUUCAGUCCUUGAGGAACAAGGAAGGAGUCCUCAAAAAUGCCAAUAAGUAUCUCCUCGAAAAGAUAGAGGAGAACAAUAGCAUAUUAGAUGGUAACUUUGCAACUGUGGAGACUAACUAUUCUUAUCCGCUAACCAUGCCAAGUGAAAUAUUUGAGUUCUAG